AUGGACAAUAGAAGGGUAUUCCGCUCUUAUAAAGAGAAGGUGAAGGAUUCCGCAACACCAUAUGCUAGGCCCAAUAAUGGACUAUUCUCUAAGAUGAAGCUGUUUCUUACUGGUGCAUCGCUUUGGUCCAACCAUGAGACCGCCGGUCACGACGACCAGAUCGCUGAUAAUACAAUUCCCAUGGAUAUCGAAAAGGGUGAAAAAGGUGAAUCAAGUAUCAAACCUUUCAGCUUUCCAGAGCCAGAUACAAGUAUAUUCAAAACUCCGUUAAAAUCCAACCAGUCGAAAGCUCCCAAUGAGGUUUUGUCCAGCUUCUUUCAAGACAAGGGUGACAAGCCUCUUACAGAUGUAGAAUACGAGGGCAUAGUGAGUUUGUUGGCAAAAUCCAAAUCGGCGUCCAAUACGCCAAAUAAUAGCGUUGUGUAUCGAGGGGAUGGUGCAUCGAGACAAUUUGAGUCUAUCGCCGAUUCAACGGACCUAGGGAAUAAGGACGCCGAUACAUCUGCAUUUAGGUCGUCGGGUUCGAAUUUGUUUGCCACGCCGUACAGCCAAAGGACGUUAAAAAACAUAAAUUCAAAUGACCAUGUACUCUCGACUCCAGAAUACAAGCCAGUUUAUCAUACUAUCAACGAAAAUUUCAACACGAAAAACGUUCCAUCUGUAAAAAGGGUUUAUCAAUUUUCAGGUUUGCCAUCGCCAUAUAGAACUAGAAUAAGGGCGCCAAGUCUAUCGGCUAAGCCAAAAAUUCCAACGAAGAAAUCGCCAUCCUUUCCAAAAUCUCCAUCAGCCCAAAAAGCGGCUUCAAAGCCUAUGAGCAAUGCUGCAAACUCAUUAUUAAAUAUUUUAGAUGGUAACACUCAUUCCGAAGAUGUUGAAAUGAAAGAUGCAUCUAACAGUAAGAGCGAUAUUAUUGAACAAUUUUCCAAUCCAUAUCAUAGACCUCAGUCGGUCAAAAAGCCUAGAAGUCAAGAUAGCAAUAAGUCGCAAUCUGCCAUCAACGCUAGUACCCCAAUAAAAAAGCAGAAGAGUACGUUGCUCACUGCUAGCGAUAUCAACAAAACUAUUUCCUUCGACAAGUCCGAAGAAUUGCCUAAAGAAAAGACUACCUCAAGAGACAACAAAACUUCAAAAUCUCAAAACUCAUUUGUCCCUUCUACACAAACCAACAAUGGAAAACCAGAUUCCAAGUCCGCCAAUAACCAAUUCAAAUUCAAUGUACCAAAAGAAGAGCCGAACGUCGCUGACAAGGGCACUAAUAUCGCUGCUAAUGGCAGCAACGAAAAGUCCAAGAAUGUCAGCCAAUUCUCUAACAGGCAAAUUCAAACAAAGACAAAUGGCUUUUCGUUUGGCAAAACCACAAAACCAAAUAUCGACUCUAAUCCAGUGUAUAAUAUUCCCAGCAAAGACCUGGAGUUCAUAUUUCCAGAAAUAAUCCAAACAAAAGUUAGCUUGGACUACAACAAGGUCGACAAGUAUAAGUCUUUAUUUGGUUUUUAG